AUGAUGAGAGAGAGAAGAAAGUGUGUUUUUGUAUCCCUUGUGGGUAUAGCAUUGAUGAGUUUAUGCAUUGUGAGAGGUGAAAAUACAUUGCAAUCACCAGUGAAGCUAAUAUGGCAUUAUUACAAGCUCAACACAACUUGCCCUGAUGCUGAGGAAUACAUUAAACAUCAAGUCAAGUUGUUUUGGCAAAAGGAUAAAAGCAUCACUGCCAAGUUCCUUCGUUUGCUCUCUGCAGACUGCCUUUCCAAAAAUGGUUGUGAUGGUUCAAUACUUCUUGAUGGUCCAAACUCAGAGAAAUAUGCACCACAAAACCAAGGCCUUCAAGGGUUUGAAGAGAUUGACAAGAUCAAAAUUGUACUCGAGGACAGAUGUCCGGGGGUUGUUUCUUGUACAGACAUUUUGAACCUAGCCACUAGAGAUGCUGCCCAUUUGGCAGGUGCACCAUCUUAUCCAGUUUUUACCGGAAGGAGGGAUGGGUUUACAAGUACUAUUGAUGCAGUGGAUUUACCAUCUCCCUCCAUAUCAUGGCAAGAAGGACUUAAUUAUUUCCAAUCUAAAGGUCUUGAUGUUUUGGACAUGACAACACUGCUAGGUGCACAUUCAAUGGGAAAAACACACUGUCGAUACAUCAUGGAUAGGCUAUACAAUUUCCAAGGCACCCAAAAACCAGAUCCAUCAAUGGACAAAUCAUUCUUAAAAGAGCUUCGAAAGAAAUGCCCCAAAAAAUCGAAAACAGACCCAACAGUGAAUUUGACACCAAAAUCUGGAAAUGACUAUCAAUUCACAGGUCUCUACUACUCGAGAAUCCUUUCGAGAAAGGCGGUACUUGGUAUCGAUCAACAGCUUCUUUUUGGUAACGACACGAAUGAAAUUGUCCAGGAGUUUGCUCCAAAAUCUGGAUUUGAAGACUUCCGUCGGUCCUUUGCUUUGUCUAUGAGUAGGAUGGGAAACAUCAAGGUUUUGACUGGAAAAGAUGGUGAGAUUCGACAACAUUGUCGACGAAGAAACUAG